GCCUUCGCUCGCGAGAUUUUGGUGGUUCCGCAUUUCGGGUCGGCACGGUGGGGGAGGCGAGCGCAGCGACUGGCACCGGCUCGAUCCUCGGUUCAAAGCAGCGGCGCCGGGUGCUUUCGCUGGCCGCGAGCUGAGGAUUGUCCGCUUGCUCGUGGUUCCCGCGCGGGCUCCGAAUCCAGGGCGCGGCGGGGGCCAGUGGCCCCUCCCCUCCGAGGACAGAAGAUGAGCUUCCUCUUCAGCAGCCGCUCUUCUAAAACAUUCAAACCAAAGAAGAAUAUUCCCGAGGGCUCUCAUCAGUAUGAACUCUUAAAACAUGCAGAAGCAACUCUAGGAAGCGGGAAUCUGAGACAAGCUGUUAUGUUGCCAGAGGGAGAAGACCUCAAUGAAUGGAUUGCUGUCAACACUGUGGAUUUCUUCAACCAGAUCAACAUGCUGUAUGGAACUAUUACAGAAUUCUGCACUGAAGCAAGCUGUCCAGUCAUGUCUGCAGGCCCCAGAUACGAAUAUCACUGGGCAGAUGGCACUAAUAUUAAAAAGCCCAUCAAAUGUUCUGCACCAAAAUACAUUGACUAUUUGAUGACUUGGGUUCAGGAUCAGCUUGAUGAUGAAACUCUUUUUCCUUCUAAGAUUGGUGUCCCAUUUCCCAAAAACUUUAUGUCUGUGGCAAAGACCAUUCUGAAGCGUCUGUUCCGGGUUUAUGCCCACAUUUAUCACCAGCACUUUGACUCUGUGAUGCAGUUGCAGGAAGAGGCCCACCUCAACACCUCCUUUAAGCACUUUAUCUUCUUUGUUCAGGAGUUUAAUCUGAUUGAUAGGCGUGAGUUGGCACCUCUUCAGGAAUUAAUUGAGAAGCUUGGAUCGAAAGACAGAUAAAAUGUUUCUUCCAGAACACAGUUACCUUCUUGCUUCAUUUGCUAGAGCUAUCUCAUUGCUAUCUGUUAUAGACUAGUGAUACAGACUUUUAAGAAAACAGGAUAAAAAGACACCUGUGUUCGUGUCUACUGACAAAAUUGUCCCACAGGUAGAUUGGCCCAGUCCUUCAGUGAGAAAUUCAAGAGGCAGCCGACUCUGAGGCACCGUUUGACCACUCCUGUUACUGUCAGAGUUGGACUUGCUUGUAAUAUGUGAUGAUAAUAUGUAGUCUGUUCAUUUUCUUUUCUUUUACUGAAGAAAAUGAGUGCUUCAGGUGAUAGCAUAAUAGCGAUUGGGAAUUUCCACCAGUACUUUAUUAACAAGUUUCCAGAACAAAUUACCUAAUAACGCAAUCAGAUCCAUUUUAUCCUGUUUUUAUUUACAAAUAGAAGAGGUAUUUUUAAGUUUCCUUAAGAUUUAGAACAUUUGUGUGUUACUUUGGGUAACCUUUUAGUUUGAAGUCAGUAUGCUGGUGUUUUUAUAGGUAAGACUAUAUAUUAUAUGUUUAUUUUUUCAGAAUCCAUGAUUGCAGUUUAAAUCCUCAUAUGACUUAUGUAGUAUGGGAGUAACAAGAGUUAUUUCUAAAAUGAUGUUAUUUUUUAAUCUUUAUUUGGGAUUUUAUUCACAUAAACCUAUCUAAAGUUUUAGGAGUUUGUAUAUCAGAAAUAAUUUUCUUAAGGCAUGAAAGGGUAGUCUUGUACAUUUUUAUUUUGAAAUGCUUCAUUCAGGUUAAUUUUAAUAGGUAGCUUUUGGCUAAGAAAGAAAACUCCAAAAAAUUAUGACCAAUUCAGGUCUCAGAACCACUAUUUUCAUUCAUGUUGUUUUUUUCAGAGCCCCUGAGAUCCUGGAGAGAAUGGAAGUACUCAGAGUACUUGGUUAUUUUCUUUUGAGUGUCCUUUAAAACAAAAACAAGAAUUACUGCUAUGUGUUUUUAUUGUGACUUGAGACUUCGUUAAGAGUAGUGUAGAAAUGUUCAGCCUUUCUCCCAACAAGGAUAAGACUUAAGGAAGCCCAUAAUAAAAAACCUUGGUGGUGUACACAUUUUAUAACACA